AUGUGGUUUUGUGAAGAUGGCCCCUUGGAGGAUUUCCGCUGCACAGGGCUCCAGGCUACAACACGCCCUCUCUGCACAAAACCCAGGAGGAUGUCGGAAAAAGGACGAUUCAGGUACAUCAUCCGAAAAGGAGCCCCUAAUUACAGAAAUAUCCCAAACUAUGAGUCCCCCAUAGCCCACCCCAAAGUCCAGAUCCAGCUGGACUCCAGUGUCAAUGAGGCUGUGGUACGCAGGAAAGAAACAUCUGUUUGCACAGAAUCCGGUGGUGCUGGAGACAAUUUGAAAACAAAUCUGUUUGGUCCGUUAUUGAAAAGUCCUGAAUCUUCAAAGAGCUGUGCACUCGUUGAACAUAAAUCUCCUUUGGAAAGUAAUAUUGAGGAUUUGAACUUCAGUGACGGUGAUGAUUGUCCGUCAUUGCCUGAUUCAUACAGUCUUGAAACAAACGAGUUCAGGGAACCGGUUAAAAACACUGAAAAGAUUCAAGACUGGACGACUGAUUGGCACAAAAAUCUGAUGGCAGCAGUAAGCAGUGAGAAGUUCGAUGCGCUUCUGAAGAUGUGCUCUGAUUUUCAAGGCUGCAAAAACAACAUGGCUGCUUUCAUCAUGAUAAAAGAGGUGCUGGACACUGACGGUAACCCCCGUGACAGUUGUAAAGUCGUGGCGUUGGCGGCGGGCUCCUGCAGCUGCCACAAGUGGCUCUGCUACAACGGAACAGUGGUCCACGACAGCCACGCCAUCGUCCUCGCCAGGCGCGCCCUGCUCAGAUUUCUGUACAAACAGCUGCUGCUGUUCUUUGACAAUGAUCCAGGCGCGAAGGAGUGCAGUAUUUUUGAGGCCAGUGAAGAAAGUCGCCAGCUUCAACUCAAACCCAAAGUCAGCUUCCACCUUUACUCCAACCAGGCACCAGAAGGCAUCUCAAAAAACUUCUACUUUGGAAAUUCAAAUUUGACGUCCGUUAAGCUCCAGUACCACUCUAAAGGAGCCCUGGUGCCUGUGGUGUAUCUGGACCCGAGCCAGUGGGCCUCCAGAAUCUGCUGCAUGUCCGCAAGUGACAAACUCUUCCGCUGGACUGUGAUCGGGGUGCAGGGGGCGCUGCUGAGUCACUUUAUCCAGCCCAUCUAUAUCACCAGCAUGGUACUAGGUGGUCUGAAACUGUCCAACGAGGAGGUGUCUGACAUCUGUAACAAGCGCCUGAGCGACGGCUGGGAAGAGCGACUCCCUUCGCCGUUCAGGAAACACAACGUCCACGUUGUCUGCGGUGAACAAGUGGCUGCAGGUCUGAGCUGCAUCAACGACCCCAUCAGCCUCAACUGGUGCCUGGGAGACCGAGAUAUCGAGGUCCUAGACAGCAGCAAAGGCCUCAUCAUUGGACGCUCCCCAUCUGUGAGUGGGCCUGGCUUCUCCAGCAGACUUUGUAAGAGAGCCUUCUACAAAUACUUCAGCCAAGUCGCAAAACUCGGCGGCCAUAGUCAUCUGCUGGACCUGCCCACGUACCACAGCUCCAAGGUGGACGCGAAGGAGUUUCAAGCCGCCAAAGAACUCGUUACUGAACAGUUUGUGAAGAACCAAUCCGGUCUCUGGUUGUCCAAAAAGCUAGUGGACUUGUUUAGCCGUUAG